UUAAACCCCAAUCCACCACCCCCCCACUUGCCGACCGACCACAACAAAAAUAUCUCCAAACUCAUUUUCCUCCAUCUUUCUUCCAAUAUUUCCCCUAAAGCAACCGACUUUAAGCUCCCCUUUUCUUUAUAUCGAUAACCCAUAUCAGAAUCAGGCUUAUCUGCUGAUUUCUUGGAUCUUUUUGAUGUGAAUUUGUGAAAAUGGAUCGGUCUAUGGGUGUUGCGGGUUCGGGUAUGGAUUUGCCGAUCAUGCAUGAUAGUGACCGGUAUGAUUUGGUUAAAGAUAUCGGGUCGGGUAAUUUUGGUGUUGCUAGACUUAUGAGAGAUAAACAAACUAAAGAACUUGUUGCUGUUAAAUAUAUUGAAAGAGGAGAAAAGAUAGACGAAAAUGUUCAAAGGGAAAUCAUUAAUCAUAGGUCUCUGAGACAUCCUAACAUUGUUAGGUUCAGAGAGCUAAUAUUGACUCCGACCCAUUUGGCGAUUGUGAUGGAAUAUGCUUCUGGAGGUGAACUUUUUGAUAGAAUCUGCAAUGCAGGACGCUUCAAUGAGGAUGAGGCCAGAUUCUUCUUUCAACAACUCAUCUCUGGAGUCAGCUACUGUCACUCUAUGCAAGUCUGUCACCGUGACUUAAAGCUCGAGAACACAUUGCUGGAUGGGAGUCCCGCUCCUCGUUUAAAGAUUUGUGAUUUUGGGUACUCCAAGUCCUCGGUGCUGCAUUCACAGCCAAAAUCAACAGUUGGUACACCAGCAUAUAUCGCUCCUGAAGUCCUGCUUAGGAAAGAAUAUGAUGGGAAGAUUGCAGAUGUGUGGUCAUGUGGGGUGACAUUAUAUGUCAUGCUUUUUGGUGGCUACCCUUUUGAGGACCCUAAUGAACCAAAAGAUUUUCGGAAGACGAUACAUAGAAUUCUUCAUGUUCAGUAUUCAAUUCCAGAAAAUAUUCAGAUAUCUCCGGAAUGUCGGCACCUCAUCUCAAGAAUAUUUGUCGCGGAUCCUGCACAGAGAAUCACAAUGGCGGAAAUAAAGAAAGAUGAGUGGUUUCUAAAGAACCUUCCUGCUAAUCUCAUGGAUGAAGAUAAGAAGAUGAACGAUCAGUUUGAAGAGCCUGAUCAACCGAUGCAGAGUGUUGACGUAAUCAUGCAGAUAAUAUCCGAAGCCACCAUUCCACCUGCUGGCCUUUAUGAUAUUGAUAUGAUGGAUGAUGAUCUGGACGACUUUGACUCUGACCCUGAUGAUCUUGAUAUCGACAGCAGUGGAGAGAUCAUAUACGCCAUUUAAUGAUCCAUUCUAUACGAGUUGUCUGUAGCGUGUGUUCAUGUAUGUAGAAUCAUUUGUCGGUCAUGGUUAGAUGUCACAACAUGGGAGUCGGGUUGUUGUUGUAUCAUGGGCAGAACCUUCUUUCCUAGGCCGUAUAUGGUCAAGCUGGGGUUUAGGGGUUCCUGCUAGGAGAAAAGACUCGCCCCUUUUGUAUCACUACCUGAGUUGAUCAUGAACAUUGUCGUUUUUGGAUAUUGUGUAUGCCUUGUUUUUUGUGUAACAGAAUGACCAAUCUGGAGCGAUGUACAAAUUUUUACUAUAUAAUGUGAUAGAUUGAAAUUCUCUAAA